AGCGUGUCUUUCUUUUGUUUCAUUUUCCUUUAAUUUUUUUUUUAAAGAAAAAAUUUACGCACUGAUAUCACACAGGCUCUGCUGUCUUUCACAUUUUCUCCAAUCAUUCAAACAAUGGCGGCUUCUGCUUCUACUUCUGCUGCUGGUGCUGCUACUGCUGCUGCAACUUCACUUUCCUCUCUCUUUUGUCCACGCGCCACCUCUCUCAACCAUACCCAUCUCCCGUUUCCCUUCAAAAGCCCAAAGUCAAGUAUCUCUCUCAAAACUCCUCCUUUUUCUCCUCUCAAGAUUCUUUGCUCACGCGAUUCUCGAGGACACAAACACAAAAGAACUACUAGUACUACAACUGCUGCUAAAUCUGAUCCAAUUUAUCAUAAUCGUUUAGUUAACUUAUUUGUCAAUCGUAUUCUAAAAAAGGGCAAGAAAUCUUUAGCUUUUUAUAUCAUUUAUAAAGCUUUGAAAAGGAUCCAAGAAAAUACCUCUUCGAAUCCAUUGUAUGUUUUGCGUCAAGCUGUACAUGAAAUGACUCCUGUUGUUUCUGUUAAAUCAAGACGUGUUGGUGGAUCUAGCCAUCAAGUUCCUGUUGAGUUGGGUUCAGCACAGGCUAGAGCUUUGGCUAUUAGAUGGUUGUUGAAUGCUGCGCGCGAACGCCAGGGUCAAGAUAUGGUUUUUAAGUUGAGUUGUGAGUUAAUUGAUGCUGCUAAAGGGAAUGGAAACGCUGUGAGGAAAAAAGAAAUGGUUCACAACAUGGCAGAGGCAAAUCGAGCAUUUGCACAUAUUCGUUAAUCCAAUGAUUUUGGAUGUUCUAUAGUGGAUUGAAGCAUAGAAAAGUAGAGAAGGGAUGAGUAAAACAGUAAAAGAAGUUAAAUUAAUCCCUUAUGCAGACACUUAGAUGGUUCUGGGUUGUAUUGUUCCUUAAGAACAUCGUUUAGUGUUUAAUUUCUUUCCCAUAGAGAGAAUCUAGCAUGAUUUUGUUCUUAUGCUGUUGGUAUGGAAUUGGGUGCUUUGCACCUCAUUGCUUGUUAUGUUAUGCAGAAACUCAUCUAUCAGAGUUUUCUGAAUGCCAUGUGUCUCUCAGUUUCUUAUUUUUGCAAAGAACAUGAAAUGCUUGUGUCAGUUGAACUAACUCUUGCUUGAUCCAUUUCUUUGACUGUGCACAUGCAAGCAAUAUGAGUAGAGAUCCUUAAAAAGAUGGCAACCGAAAUGCUUUUCAUCAUUCUCAUUGUUCAUCCAAGUAAUCGAGAGAAUAAAACUAUAUCUUGAUAA